UCACCAUGGGUUGACCUAACACAUAGUAUGCCAUCCAUAUUUUGCAAAGAAUGCGACAAAUAUGAUAUCCUUCCAGACUAUCCUCUCGAAUUUUUUCCUUCUCAAGCUCAAGAGAAAUUUAUCGAAAAAUCUGCUGAACUCUCUAAAAAAAUAAAAAAAUCAAACAAGCCAAGGAUAUGGCACGAGUCCUUGGAUCGAGAAAUUCGAGUUCAACAAUACGCCCCUAAUGAGGCUUUAUCUAUUCCUUACGUAAGUCCUUUGUGCGCCGAAAGUCUGGGUGGAUUGCCUCCUAUGUUAUUGACGACAGGUGAUAGAGAGAGACUACGUGACGAGACUAUUUAUAUUGCAUUCAAAGCUAGUCAACCUUCAAAGUAUUUAUUGCCAAAAUAUAACGCUGGUAAAUUUGAAAAGUCACCAUUUAAAACACCUACAAAUGUCAUACUUGAAAUUUAUGAAGGCAUGCCUCAUGUAUUCCAG